CAAGUUUGCUUUGGCUGAAACAGCCACCACGCCCCCAAAGCGCCACCAGCAACGCCGCACCAAUAAUACUUGAUUGUGGGGGUUAAAAGAGCAUCUAGCGUAGACUUUUCAAAGCUCAGCUUUAUCGUAGUUGUAUUCUAUUUUGCCGUUCUGUGCAUGUUCUAGCGGAAGAUCGAAGUCUUGGUGGCUAAUGUGCUUAUCCUGCACAUCGAAGCGUAUACUUCUGCUUACCCCCGCGUUCGGGGAACCCCCAUUCAUUUUCAAGGGUAUAAACCUUGAAUAAUACUCCAUUCCCCCAGUGGCAGUGCAUAUGUCUAUCUCACUCGCUCCGUGCCAUAGUGACCCUGAUAGCUGCAUAUUCGGCACUGAGUACGCGUGGAAACAGAGAGAUCUACUGAUUGGGGAUGCGGUCUAUGAUUGGCUCGGACAUAUUUCGAUUCUUCUAGUUAAAAUGUCCCCGAUUCGCACUUCCCACUGCUUCGCACCUGUUUUCCAUCUGAGGAAACGACAAACAUGAGCCUGGCUUUCGUUUAUGUGAAUAUAUUUCUUCUGAUUUGCAUGCAUUACCUGGAGCCUAUCGCCCGUACCCUCCCAAUGAACGGACAUGCCUCGGCGUUGAUUGUGAUCCUGUUGUGCCAAAGUGUACAUCGUCAGCCGAGUCGAAAUGUCUCCCACUACUUUUCUUCUACAAGGGAAUACGAUCGCUCGUCUCCAAGUUCCGCUUCUUUCGAUAUCGACUGAGGCUCAAUCGUAUCCGGCGGGCCUACAAUUAUGAUGCUAAUGUGUCUUUUGUUUCUCUACCUCUACCUCGCCCCAUUUUCCCAUUUUUGGGGGUUCAUCAACAGGCGUGGUCUCACUGCCAUGGUGGUCAUGGCACCUGUUUAUGCUGUACCCGUGACGAAUGAGGGAUUCGGCAAACUAAACCAUGUGCAAGCCACGAUGGACGACACGAUGACGUGUACUUGUUUUCUGGCGAUUCGUACUGAGCCAUCUGAGAUGGGGAGAAAAGGCUUAAUCUUUGAAUACUGCUUUGGCUACUAUCAUUUUAUACGCCUUCCCAACUCUGUUGAGGCAGGGAAAGCAAUCUACUCGCCGGUACGGCCUCUUUUGUUUGUGGUUAAUCUUACCGUAGCGUCACGACGGUUAUUUCAUUGUAACAACUAGCCAUGCAAUCCCGCAACCUAUUGGCCGCUAGCGCAGCGGUGGCUAGCGCUAAAGCUUGGACGAUGGGAAAGGUGGCUUGGCUGGGCCGGGGCGUCAGUGGCAUACUCGAUCCAGAUGCCGUUCCCGCUACUUAAUAGAUGAGCUGAAGUUGGAAGAGGCCUGGAAGGGGUAAAGUCGGCAAGUUAUCGGCUCGUAUACGCAUAAAUGGGCUGACAUUGUCAGUCACUGGUGACUAUUCGUAUGCCCGCCCCUGCUUUGGGAUCUCUGCAGCGAGGUAAUUUAGGGGUCCAAUAUUGAGAAACUCGCCCCAUUCAGGUAAUCGUUUCGGCAGGCAGAAGCUGAGGCUAACAUGCUCAACUAACUUUCGCGGGGCGCUCAUGCAACGAGCAGCGCCUCAUUGGGUCGUCACAAGGGUCCCUUCUUCAGCCCCCACGCCCUAGCGUUCUUUCUGGAAAACAAGACAAAAGAAGGUUUGCAUUUGUUGGCUCUGUGGGAAUAAUCCUUCGAGCUGCGCGAUGAAAAGCAUUGCCGGAAUUGGUAACUGUUGCGGCUGCUGAUCAUUUGCAAGCGGCCGAGUAGGAUUACAAAAAUCCUGCGAUCGACUUACCAAGAUUCUAUAUGCCUGUUCUAUACAUCCCGUUUUGCAUGGUCUAUGCUUCGCUCGGCCACCGAAAAAAAAAACAACCUCUCAAGGUGUUUGUACCCGUGUACCGGCAUACUGUAUUCAGCCACAGCUGAAGCUGGGCUGCCGCCGGCUAACGAACAACUAUCAUCACCAGAUGCACGAAUCAGAACUUUUGUAGUAACAGUCGCAUGAAUUCACUUGGCAGGAAUAGGACGCCACCAUGAUGAUGACCGUACUAAACAAGCAGUUGGACGUCUAACGAUGUCAACAGAGAAAGACUUUAGCCGGCAGCGUGCCCCCAAAGCAAAAUCGAUAUAGCCGCUGCAAGUUAAUCAAGUAAUAAACUGUUAAAAAAUGAAAUUGAAGUGCAAACAAGCCGCCACAUUAGAGCGCAUUAGGGCUUUGUUUGCUGCAGAACUUGCUCAGGCAGGCCCGCGCAUUCCGUUUACUGAAAACGCGGUCAAGACUACAAUGUACCAAAUUUGCAAUUUGUCACCACGAGUACUGCCUGUAGUGCUGACAAGGAGAGAAUAUUGUAAUGGAGGACUCAUUUGUCUAGUGGUAUGGUAUGAAUAUGCCAGCCGAUGAUGAGAAGCUUUACGAAACCGACAAGGCAGAUGAGAUGGCCAAGACCCUGUAACCCAGUGUCAUAACUUCAAUAAUGCGCUAGAUCUGUUUCUGUUUUGCGAGCUCAACAACCCAAAGUCCUAUACGUACUGCCUUUACUGUAACUCCGUUUCAUACCAGGUGCUCUCGGGGGCCGAAGUUGCGGCAUCCGAUUAGAUGUAGACCGGACUAUACACAACGGUAGCGUACUGGUAACACAUUGGUAGAAUAAUUGUAUAUAGUUUUAAGUAUUCGAUACCAGAGACAAGACAAAGUAUCCCAAGAACCAAAGAAACAAGGCCUUUCAAUCUUAAACAUCAAAUUUUAAUAAGUAACGAAAAUGGCCAUCAAAGACACCAACAACACACAGCAAAUAGAAGAGGUCAAGGAGCUUCUCCGGACACUAGAUGCGCAAUUGCGCCAGGUUUCCAAAACACUACAAUCCGAAGCUCUCCAAGAUGUUCUCAACAACUCCCUCCACAGCACUGAGAAGCUACCAGCUGCAGAGUUGGUGACUGUUGCAAAGGAUGUGGUCGACUCAAUGGACUCCCUCCAGCUCCAGUUGGUGCCUUCCGUCAUGUUACUCGCUGACGGAUUCUUUGGAUACCUCCACAGCAAAUCCAUGGCGACACUAGUCUCAUACAAAGUUCCCGACAUCCUCAAAGAACACGGACCUUUACCAUGCUCAGAGAUUGGCCCGUUAGUCGGAGCGCAACCGGAAAGAAUUGCUCAACUGAUGGACAUGGUCGUCAACAACGGCAUCUUUACGUACGACGAGGCCGCUGGAAAAUACUCCAACAACAGAUGCUCACUUCUUUUGUGUCGCGAUCACUGGACGCAAUGGCACCUCUGGGCAGAUCUCUACCCGAACCAGUUCUUCAAUAUGAGCCGGUCUAUCCCUGCGGCGAUUGCCGAAGGCGAAAAGAAGAACGCGGCCCAGAUCGACUACGGAACAGACCUAUCCAUCUUCGACUAUCUAGCGCAGCAGGGCGAGAUUGCCAUCUUCCAUCGCACGCUCGGUGCUGGAGCCAAGGCCAUGGCCGGCGGCAUCGCAGUCGAUUAUCCGUGGAAGGAGCUUGGUGAUGCCGAGAUUGUAGAUCUUGGAGGGGGCUCGGGCGACUUUCUGGCCGAGGUGCUGCGUGCCAACCCGUCCCUCCGUGGAUCGCUCGUGGAUCUCCAACAUGUUAUUGAUCUCGUUACCAAGAGUGUAAGGGAGCCUGAGGGCUCGCUGAUAGAUGUGUCGCCUCGUAUAGUCAAUUUGUACGUUGGUGACUUCUUUGGUGAUAUCCUCCCCGCCUCUGUUUAUACGAUGAAGUGGUGCCUCCACAACUGGAUGGACGACGAUGUCGUGCGCAUUCUGAACAACGCACGCGCCAAGCUUGUCCCAUCGCCUCUUUCCCGUUUUAUUGUAUUUGAGUCUGUCAAGAAGCCUGGUCGCAGCACCAGAUUGCCUCGCUAUGGUGAUCUGGUGAUGAUGAUGACGUGCAAUGGCAAAGAAAGAUCGCUGCAGGACUGGGAAAGAUUGGCACAGCUGUCCGGAUGGCGCUUGAACAGAGUCCUACCUAUUCGCAACGCCUGGGUUUCUGCCAUUGAGAUGCUUCCUCAGUAGAUAGAUAUAUGAACAUGCAGUGUAUAUCAUGAGAUGGUUGCCUAUUUGUGUAUUGGAUACUUGGUGAUGCUGUAGCUUUAGCAAUGAAAUAGAGGAGUACUUGAAUAUCAUCUUUAUGUGUCUUGGCUUAGCAGAGAUCUACAACUGUGUGUUCAAUAUUAUAGCACUUGGAGCUGUCCUCCUAUGUACAACUUAGACAAAUAUAUGCGAAUGAAGCUUGAGUGGAGUAUAUUGAUCAAAAACACACGUCUAAUGCAGAUUUAACUUAUUUAAUAUACCUGCCUUCUCUUCAUAACAAUCUAGCAUUUUAUAUCACCAUCCCAGAGAUAUAUUACUCGCUCCCUUCUAUAAUAGGUUUGCAGCAAAUGCGCACCUGAGGUAGCCCAACCCAACUCUCGUCCUGGAGACCAAAGCUGCUGUUGUCCUUGUUGGACUCAUGGAGAGAAAUCUCACAUCUUCCUAGCAAUUCGCCGAGGAGCGCUCGUACAAGUCGGUCGCUCAGGUAUUUGCCGAGGCAUUGUCUCGGGCCAAAGCCGAAGCGCCAGAAAUGAUAGCGGUACUGUUGAUUUCUGUUAGUGGCCUGUUAAUAUCAUUUCGUUCUAUGAGAAGCUUCUCACCUGCUGGGACUGCAUAUUGGAAAAGCGGCGAGGAUUAUACGAUGUGCCGUCUACCCAGUAGGGAUUGUCGACAUUGAUGGCGUGAGUGUCUACGAUUACAUCGACCUGAUUUAAUACAGAUUUAGCAAAUAGUACCAGACUGUUAGUAGCAUGGACAGCACUUACACCUCGUGGAAUAGCUACGCCUCCAACAAUCUUGUCCACCGUAGCUGCCUCUGGGUUCGAAAACGCUAGAAGAGUUUUAGCAUAUUCUUGUUUCCUAAGGAAUAUAGACAAAGAAGUUUUCUUACGCAGAAUGGGAUGCAGUCGAGACGCCUCCAAAACACAGCCGGCAAGAAGUGUAUUGGGAUUAUUGAUGUAUUCGUCCCAUUGAUCUCUGUGUUGGGCAAUCUCCUGCCGGACAUCUUGCUGGAUACCGGGAUGCUGGGCAAUGAGCACGUGUGUCCAAGACACUGCGCUAGUGGUGACGUCUAGAUUGGCAAAUAAAACUUCAUCCAGUGUUUGUAAACACUUGUUACACUUGGUUAGUUAUUCCUUAACGUGUAAAGACAAUAUAGACAUACCUCUUGUUCUGACAUGCCAUUGUCAUUUACAACUUUUCCCCAGAGCUCUUCCACCAUGGCAUUCUUGUCCAAUGCACGCGAGCUUUCAUAAGCGUCAACAACGAAUGCUCGCCACGAAGCUUGGUACUUGCAGAGCAUGCGAUAUGCUUUGGUCUGCAGCAACGGAGCAAGUCUAGUCCUGUUGAUUCCGCCCUUGAUGCCGAGUCGAAAGAGCUCUUCACGUUCCGGGACCAACCCAAUGAGCGUCUUUUCUUGUUUCUCCGACAGCAGGCCAAAUAGAAUCUCGGCAACCGUGAUGAAGGGAUAAAGUUUCAAACCGUCGACGACGUCAAACUGAAUCACCGUGUCAACAUUGUUGGGCUGAGAUUGUAGGAGUCGAUCUACAUAUUCCCUAGCAUGAUUUAUGGCCACAGGUGUAUAGGACUGGGCGAGUGUGGGUGUGAACAGGUGGCUCCAAUGCGUUCUUACGCGCUGCCAUCGCUCUUGGCUCACAAGGCCCAAGCAGGAACCGAGGAGUUCGCCAACUAGCCACCCGCUGUUGUUAUUGACGGCCUUGAUAUGCUUGUCUGAAUCUCGGUAAAAGUCUCGGAGGUGUUCCGGUUUUGUCAGGACACUA